ACAGGAAUAAAUGUGUCAUCGCUUACAUUACUGGUUAAACUGGUCAGACUGGUGUUGUUUGAGUACAGUUGGAUGGCGGAGGAGUUUCUUUUUCCGACGGAGGGCAGCAUUUCCGACUGAGAUACGACUUACAGCCAGCUGAAGACAACACACUGGCCAGAUGAAGAAGAAGGUCGAUAUUCGCCUCGAUAUCGGAAAGAGAUUGAAUUUGUUGACAUAGGAUUUGUAGCGAGGUAACCAUUAACGUUACGCUGCUGGCAACAGUGCGUUGGAAAAGCCCUCCUUGUUCAUUAAAGCAUCACUGGCACACGGCUGAAAGCAGCGACUCUUCUCACUGGAAAGCCCUGAAAGCAGCUCCUAUGUUGGGCAGGACAGUGGUGAGCAGAGGCGUUACUGCCCACCGCCUCAGUAAGAAUGUCACUUUCUAUAUCAAUGAAUUAGCAUCCCCAGCCUCGGGAUGUCGGCCCCCAGCCCCUGAGGAACAGAAACCUGUUAUGCUGAUGCUGCCAUGGCUGGGUUCCCGACCCCAAGCUCUGGCCAAGUAUUGUGAAAUCUACUUCCGCACUGGGUUUGAUGUGCUUGUAGUAGAGAGUGAGGUCCAAGAGUUCCUGUGGCCUCGCUGGGGUAUGGAACAUGGAAAGAGGUUGCUGGAGUUGCUUCAGAGCGAACGUUUUGUCUCUCGCCCACUGCUCGUCCAUGCCUUCUCUAUCGGUGGCUACACAUUUUCUCAGCUGCUGGUACAUGUGUCUCAGGACACGCAGAAAUAUCAGGCGCUCAUACAGAGGAUCAAAGGCCAAGUCUUCGAUAGCUUGGUGGUGGGCUCUCUGGAGAAUAUGGCCAUAGGUCUUGGUAAGACUGUAUUUCCACGUUGGGAGACACUGGUAAAACAAAUAAGCCUGUUGUACUUUGGAAUAUUCAGACGCCAAACGGUGGACUACUUUAACAAGGGCAUUGAGGUGUUUUGGAACACUCCCGUCACCGCUCCUGCACUGUUCUUUUUUUGUGAGAACGAUGCAAUGAGCGACCCACGAGCUAUGGAGGAAGUGAUCGAUAUAUGGCGGAAGCGCGGAAUGGACAUCACAGCGAAGAAGUGGGAGGAUUCGACACACGCAGGUCACCUAAAGAGGCACCGACAAGACUAUCUGACCACCCUAGAAAUGUUCUUACACUCACUCAGCAUUGUCCCACUGAAGGCCAAGAUGUGAGAUGGUUUCAUUAAAACAUAGUGACAUGUAUGGUUUACUUUUUCUUGUUUUCUGUGUUUUAACUAAAAUGCUUGUUUUGGGAAAAUCUAUUUAUUUAAUUAUGUAAUUUAAACAUUACACCACUUGAUGUAGGUAAUAAUACAGUUAGUCAAGAAAAAGAACACAUAUCUGAUCUCAGUUGGACUACAUUCUCCAAAUACUGUAGCUGGCCUCAGACUACAGUUUCCAAAGCAAAUGUGUUGAAUACUGUUGUUCAUUUGCAUUUUACAGCUAUGCAAACACACACAUGCAGCUCAGACACACAGUCACAUUGUCUCAUUUAUAUCUAAAUGCACCCCCUUGUUAUCUUGGAGUGAGAAUACAGAUGCUCCAACUUUGAAAAAGAAAACACCUCCAAGGUCUUCGAUUCCAAAUCUGUUGCCAGUUGCAGAGAUUUAGUUGAUACUAGCUCUAGCAUCAUCAACUGUGUAUUAGCAUGUUUUUUUGCGCCACAAAUCGCUACAUGUAAAUCUUGCUGCUUCUAAUUUCUAUUUAGUACAGUUAACAUUACGUUCAUAAAAUAUUGUACAUUUGCUGUUUCAUUAGGUGUGUCUUACUAAGGAAAAUACGCUAAAAUACAAAACUGUUUGCUGAUUUGUUUAGGAAGAGUGUUUUUAACCUUUACUGGUAUUUAGUUGUACUCUUCUCUCAGAUAUAUAUUAUUAUUUAUAUAUAUAAAGUUGACUGUGACAGCGAACACAGGGCAAUGAAACUUGACAUGUAACUUGUGAAACCAGCCAGCGUCUAUCAUUGAAUGCAGUAUUUUCUAUUAUGUUUGAGACAAAAAAAUUAUUUCAUCUCACACAUCUCGAGGGACCAUUGAUUCUUUUGAGGGUCUGCAAGUGCUUAGUAGAAUAUUUCUUCUUCCACAAGAAAUUCCACCAUGUUGGUGUUCGUAGAUGGUGCUAACACUACAAUAUUCCUGAGACGGAUGGCAUAUUGAACCGAAGUGGUAAAUCUGUACAAAUGAAUGGUGCUUUCACAAUCUACCAAAACAUUAAGGGAGUAACGCCUUCAACUUGAAAACUGUCAAUGUCUGCUAAAUAGUGCCUCUAAUACUGUAAGUUCUGUGUCUCAUAACUUGAACAAUGGUGUGAUUUGUGCAAUUAUAAUGCAAACAUUUUUUGUUUACGUGUUACAUGUCUAUUCUUGUGUGUGGUUUGCAAAUUAAUGUAAAGGGAUCAUGUUUAAGGUCUGUUGUUAUUUUUAUUUUUUUUUUACUUGUUUAUAGAAAAUUCAACAAUGUAUUUAAAAUGAGUUGAUUAAACACCAAUCCGCCAUAACAUUAUGAGCACUGACAGGUGAAGUGAAUAACACUGAUUAUCUCGUUAUCAUUGCAACUGUCAGUGGGUGGGAUAUGUUAGGCAGCAAAUGAAUAUUUUGUGCUCAAGUUGAUGUGUUAGAAGCAGGAAAAAUGAGCAGCGUUAGGAUUUGAGUGACUUUGACAAGGGCCAAAUUGUGAUGGCUAGACGACUGGGUCUAGGUCUAGGUCAAAAGUGGUCCAAGGAAG